AUGCAUCAACACCCACCAGCGAUACAGCCCACCUUUGACUCGCAAACGCAGUAUAAUCUGCAAGCUACUGAGGAUAUCGACGAGUACCACGAUGAGCUAGGCAAGAAGAAUCGUCCACCUCCAAUACCGACGCGUCCAGACUAUCGACCGAAACCACUGCAAUGGCCUUUCAUCGUAUGCAUGAUUCUCGUCCUCUCCAUCUUGGUGGGGUUGGUGAUAUAUGCUCAAAAUACGAUGCCAAAUUCAGACAGCACAGCAGUUAUUGAGCCGCGCCAUUACCUGGAUUUACGGCAGGAGUCCAGUUCUAUCAGCGAGAAGUCCUCAAGUCCAAGUGGUUCAGCACAGGACCUAUCGUCUUCAGACUCUGGUCCGUCUUCUGGUCUACAGCUGUCGACGAUCAUCCAAACUAGUAAUGCCGAUCUCCCGACGACUUCUGGGCCUGGGAGAUCUCCUGCUUCGAAGUCAACUUCAGCGGCUCCUGUUACUGUAUCGUCGUCAGAAAAAGCAUCUAGUGUAGCUUUUGUAGUAUCAACGCAGCAAGAACAAUCUCCCACUGGUCGACAAGAGAAGGCACAAGUCACAACCACCACCUCGGCAUCAGGAAGUGAGGCACAGAGCCCGACCGUCUCCAGUCCGCCCUCAUCUGCGCCAUCUGACGAACUUCCUACCGGUACUACUACGGCUACAGAUGAUCCAAAUUCAGUGCCAACAUCAUCAUCAUCACCAGGCACUUUGAGAUCUAAUGAUGUUCAGAGUAAAGAACAUAAUCCAACUUCAGAGCCAACAUCGUCACCAUCACCAGGCACUACGAGAUUUAAUGAUGUUCAGAGUAAAGAAGUUGACUCUAUUCUGUCUUCACCGUUAACAACCAGAAGACCGGAAAGUUCAGACAAGAUUAAAGACACAACGGAUUCGACAGUAAGCGGCAAAGAAGCCAGCUUGAUUUCCUCCUCUGGCGGUUCGAACCAUCCCAAAGCUCCUGUCACUAGUGCCGCAUCAUCCUCCAGCUCAUCAUCGUUGGAGUCCAUCGGAAACGACAAGGUGUUUUCCAUCAUCAAGUCCGAGUUCACUUCUACAGUCACAAGACCUGGAUCCACUUUCCAGUACACAACAUCCAUCGUAGGCAGUACUCUGUGGAGCUAUUCGACGACUGUUGAAACAACAAUUCCCGGAAGUACUGGCGAGAAUACGUAUACACGAGUGAUCACAACUGCGACGCAGAGGUCGAUCACGAGAACCUUGGCAAGUAGCAACGUGGUUAUGACCACGACAAUACCUGUGCAAACCACCCAAACAGAUGUUAUCAGCGACGACAAAACAACCUACUACCAGACGACAACCAAGACAAUUGGUCGUGUGACAACCUCAACCUCGGCUGCACCAGCCUCGACAAUCGUCGAAGUCACAAAUGAAGUGGGAGAGGCGACCAUAACCUCAACGGCCCAGUUCACAUCGCCAGCAAGGGUCAGCACCUACAGCUCUGUUGUUGUUUCUGCCGUGCCGACGACUAUUGCAAGUGUAGCCACCUCGACUGCGGCGGGGGUAGUGUACGUAUCCGUAGGAACAACCGAAAUUACCAAAGUUGUUACCAUUCCUGGAGGGUCGCGAGGCCAGCAGAGCGAGCAGCCUAACCCAGUCACACAACUCAUCACCAGUGUAUUUGACGGGAAGGUUGUGACAGUUGUGGAAACGGGGAAACCUCAGGUUUUGGUGACCAAUGCUGGAGGUGUUUUCACUGGCGUUUUUACGCCACCUGCGGAGACGGUCGAGACGAGGAUAGGGGGCGAAGAGACGCAGAUGGUAGUCACAGUCACUCCGUCUCUGGAUGUAGGCCUGUUUGCCGUCCAGACGACCAUUUCUGGAAAGCCUACGAUGGUGCUGAUUCAGUCUACAAACGCCGCAGGCUUCAAGCCGGUGUCUUUGACUCUUGUGUCCCAAGUCGGAGGCAGUACUGGCGUCUUCACAACCACCGACGCCCCAGAGAUCAUCAGGACAACCAUUGAUGGUAAGGAGACUUUGACAACUAGAACACCGGCUCCGAGGGAGUUUACUUCUGUAAUUGGAGGAACGCCAACCACAAUCGCGAUGGUGACGACGCCGACUGGGAGUACGCCUUUAUCGUUUACAGUGAUCACGACGAUCGGAGGCUCUUUGAACACGGUCAUAUCAACUCCAAGCCCCACCACAUUCGUCAGUUCAAUAUCGGGCAAGCUCAGUACGAUCACAUCCACUCCGAAGCCUAGUACACGAGUGUCCACUAUUGGCCCCUCCACGGCGGUAUUCACCUCGGUUUCCCAUCCAGGGUCGACGAGCAAACCCGAUACCGUCAUAACCGAAGUCGAGAAGUUUGCCUUCACCGAUGGCGAUUACUUCCUCGGCAAGUUCCUUCCAGUGAUUCUGGCCGUCAUGAUUGCAAUUCCUCUCCGAAUUAUUGAUCUCAACGCGAAGUUAUAUCAGCCUUUCCACGCACUAUCUCAAGAAGGAGGUGCACUCGGGAAGAAUAGCAUGACCAUUCAGUUUGAAGGCUGGAAUGGGUUUUUGGCUCCUUUCAAAGUUCUCAGGCAAGGUCAUCCGGUCCCUUUCAUCACGACACUGAUGGUAUGGUCAUCGUCUCUCCUGGCACCCUUGGCAACUGAGGCGAUUGGGAUGAAACUACAUGGCAAAUGCAAAAUCACCGCCAUCGACGGCUGCGGCAUUCAGCUAGGCGUCUCCCCAAAAUUAGCCUAUAUCUUGAUCGCGUUGCUCGUUCUCAUCGUCGCUCUCCUGCUGGUUCUCCUGUACCUCCUUCGCAGCUGGAAGACUGGACUUCACGCAAAUCCUUGGAGUAUCGGGGGGAUAUCGUCACUUUCUCUGAACGCAGAAAUUCGGCCACAUCACGUCAAAUUCAAAGCUAACGAAAGAACAAUGGCAGACAAGAACUACAUGCUGGGUUUCUUUGAGAAUAGACACGGUCGAGACGAAUAUGGCUUCAUCUACUAUGACGAAUCGGCCGACAACUUGCAAUCGGCAGGGUCAGGAGCGCUAUCGACCGAUGAUGAGUCGCAUAUUAUCAAACAUCCACACGGCAGUGCGACUAAUGGCCGGAAACAAAACCCUUUCAUCGCGCUUACGAACUGGUGGCGUAUUGUGUUCGUAUGCUUCUUGCUUGCCUUGUUCAUCAUCAUACUUUACUAUCAUGUUACGCUUGGUCUUCGUACUUCUUUCAAAGACUUCAUGGACAGUCAAACAUUCGGACUCCGUUUCUUCCUUGCCGCAUUGGGUGUCAUUAUUAUUUUCUGCUGGGAAUCGAUUUUCAUGAGUAUUGCUAUUGUCAGUCCGUAUUAUCACUUGGGCCGGCGUUCGCAACGACCAGAAUCAUCCAUCCUUUUGACACGCCCCACGAAUGGAUUUUACGGCAUUUACGCCGCGAUCAUCAACGGCGACAUAGCGCUGAUGCUGGCAGCUUUCAUGUCCAUAACAGCCGAGUUUCUUCCGAUGCUGUUGGCCAAUGUACCGUACAACCUAACUCAGACGCUCAACUCCCACAACAUCUGCUCGAUUAUUAGUCUGACGAUCUUGGCGCUGAUGAUCGUGGCUGUGGGGGCAAGUUUAUUCAUCAAGUGGCCCGAGAUGCCAGUUGAUCCCCGGAGCAUUGCUGGCGCAAUGUAUUACAUCAACGAAAGCCAAAUGUUGGAUGACUUUGAAGGUCUAUCGCAGCUGUCUUCGGUGGAUAGGAAGAAGAAAGUUGGGGAGUUGGGGCGGAGAUACUUUUACGGCGCUUUGACCGGAAAACAUGGGCGGCGUAUGGGCGUCGACUCGGUGGAGAGCGUCGAAGACACUGUGUAUACCGGGGCGAACUGGCUUCCACCGCAUGAUGAUAGCGGUGACCUUGAUCAAGGGACAUCACCAUAUCGGGCUCCAGCUGCGGUCAGUUUGGGAAGAGGUCCUGGCUCAAGACACAAUAUUCCAUAUCACGAAGAAGGGGAUUGGGUGUGA